CAAUCUUCAAUCAUUUUGUGACUCUUCGAGCACUCUCUUCUCUCUGUCUCUCUGUGACUCACAUUCAUCCAAUCCAACUCUCGAGCUUAGGUAUGUCGACUUCUGAGGAUAAACCAGAACUCAGUAGAGUUCAUCAGGAGGGGGACGUGGAAAUUGUCGAUAGAAGUCAGAAGGAUAAGGACGAGGAAGAAGAAGGGAAAGGUGGAUUCCUCGAUAAGGUGAAAGAUUUCAUUCAUGACAUUGGUGAGAAAAUCGAAGGAACCAUUGGGUUUGGGAAGCCAACUGCUGAUGUCUCUGCGAUUCAUAUCCCUAAGAUCAAUCUUGAGAGGGCAGAUAUUGUUGUGGAUGUGCUUGUGAAGAACCCGAAUCCAGUUCCUAUCCCUCUGAUCGAUAUUAACUACCUGGUCGAGAGCGAUGGGAGGAAACUGGUUUCGGGAUUGAUCCCGGAUGCUGGAACCCUGAAGGCUCAUGGAGAAGAAACUGUGAAGAUACCAUUGACUUUGAUCUAUGAUGACAUCAAGAGCACUUACAACGAUAUCAACCCCGGGAUGAUCAUACCUUACAGGAUCAAGGUUGAUCUUAUUGUGGACGUGCCAGUAUUGGGAAGACUGACAUUGCCGCUGGAGAAAUGUGGAGAGAUCCCAAUUCCAAAGAAACCAGACGUUGAUAUCGAAAAGAUUAAGUUCCAGAAGUUCUCUAUGGAAGAAACCGUUGCCAUACUCCAUGUGAGGCUUGAGAACAUGAAUGACUUUGACUUGGGGCUCAAUGACUUGGACUGUGAAGUUUGGCUGUGUGAUGUAAGCAUUGGGAAAGCAGAGAUAUCUGACUCGAUCAAGCUUGACAAAAACGGAAGCGGCUUGAUUAAUGUGCCAAUGACAUUCCGACCAAAGGACUUUGGUUCUGCUCUUUGGGAUAUGAUUCGUGGGAAAGGAACUGGGUACACUAUCAAAGGUAAUGUUGAUGUCGAUACACCAUUUGGAGCUAUGAAGCUUCCUAUAAUCAAGGAAGGUGGAUCGACCCGUCUGAAGAAGGAAGAUGAUGAUGACGACGAUGAGAAUCUUGCGGAAAAACCCUACUUUUUUUCACUGUUUAGAGCCAUGGCGGCUCUUGUGGCGUUAUGCAGAGCUCGAGCUACUGCUUCGUCUUCUUUAUUCAACAGCGUUAUUCGUCCAGCAUUUCGAAAAUUCUCUACAGGUUUUGCUGAUGCGCAGAACAAAUCAUUGGUGGCGCAAAUGAAAGAAGAGAUGCUCCACAUGGACAUCAACUCAAUGGUAGGAAGUUCCAUGCCACUAGUUAUGAUGCGUAUCGGAACAAUCAUCCACAACAUCGAGAUGAACCCAGGGCAAGGCGCAAAGAUGGUCCGAGCUGCAGGAACCAACGCCAAGAUCCUAAAGGAGCCUGCUUCAGGGAAAUGCUUGAUAAAGCUUCCGUCAGGGAACACCAAGUGGAUCAACGCCAGAUGUCGUGCUACGAUUGGCACAGUGUCGAACCCGUCUCAUGGAACGAAGAAGCUAUAUAAAGCAGGACAGAGUAGGUGGUUAGGGAUAAGGCCCAAAGUUAGAGGAGUGGCGAUGAAUCCGUGUGAUCAUCCACACGGUGGAGGUGAAGGAAAAAGCAAAAGUAGUGGAAGCAGAGGAAGGACAUCGGUUAGUCCGUGGGGGAAACCGUGUAAAGGCGGUUACAAAUCAGCUAGUGUCAAGAAGAAGAAGAAGCGUUUGGCAGAAGCAGCAGCCAAAAUGUGAUAUGGGUGAACAAGUUACCAUUUUCUUCUUCAAAUGCUUCUUUCUUUGAAAAAGCCUCAAGGUUUUGUGACGUUAUUGAAUCUGUUUUUUGAGAGUUUUAGGCUUCAUGAAAUUGGAGGAUCUUUUAUCAGUUAAGAAUAAAUAUGGUUACGUGUU